AGUACGACACACUUAUCUGGAAUAGUAAAGAAAUAUAAAAAUAGAAGUCAUUAAAAAUGACUGUACAAAGGGCAAUUGAAGAAGUUGUCAGUCCACGGGAUCGUGAUAAGCCUCGUGACUUGGAAUUCGCCAAACAAGAUAAAACAUUAAAAACAGAAGACGUAGACUUCGACGAUUUGCUAUCUUCAGCUGGAGAAUUUGGACGUUAUCAGAUUUUAUUGUUCUUCUCCACAUUCCCAUUCUACGCAUACGGAGUAUUUGCAUAUUUCACGCAGCUAUUCCUAACGGAAGUGUCGCCAAACCAUUGGUGCUGGAUCCCAGAACUUGAAAACUUAACUGAUAUCGAACGAAGAAAUCUAGCAAUACCAAUUGACGACAAUACAAGAUUUGGUUACUCACACUGCGAGGCCUACGAUGCCAAUUGGACCGAAGUUUUAAUAACAGGAAGAAAACCCGACCGUACUUGGAGCAAAAUACCCUGUCAAUAUGGAUGGGAGUACAAUAAGACUGAAAUACCUUAUCCGACAAUAUCAAGUGAGUUGAACUGGGUUUGUGAUAGAGAUAGCUACCAAGCCACAGCUCAGUCUAUAUUUUUCAUAGGAUGUAUUAUUGGAGGUUUUGUCAUCGGAUGGGUGGCUGAUCGAUACGGAAGAUUACCAGCAACAAUAGUUAGCAACAUGAUCGGAUGUAUUGGAGGUGUGAUCAGCAUUUUUGCAACGAACUUCCUACAAUUCACACUCUGCAGAUUGUUCAUGGGCAUGGCGUAUGACAAUUGUAUGAUGAUGGUAUACCUUCUCGUGUUGGAAUACGUCGCACCUAAAUAUAGAACUUAUAUAGCGAACAUGUCAUUUGCUGUAUUUUACUCUACUACUGUCACAGCAUUGCCUUGGAUAGCUCUUGCUAGUGGUCACUGGAAGACACUGUCAUUGGUUACAAGUCUUCCCAUGGCGUUAGCUGUACUAUCACCUCUAUUCAUGCCAGAAAGCCCAAGAUGGAUGCUCUCUAAGGGACGAGUUGACGCCGCAGUAAAAAAAGUGUUAACAAUCGGCCGAAUAAAUAAAAAGGAAAUCCCACCAAAACUUAUCGAACAAUUCAAAACUUCAGUUAAGAAUGCCAAAAAAGAAGAAAGUAAAAGUAUCAUUGAAUUAUUAAGAAGGCCAGUGCUAAGGAGAACAUUUAUAUUAAUUUGUGUGGAAUACAUGCUUUGUGCUUUAGUUUUUGAUGGUCUAGUCAGAAGUAUUGGGACACUAAACUUUGAUUUCUUUAUAUCAUUCUCUGUGAUAUCUAGUACUGAGUUCCCGUCAGUGCUUCUUCUUGCUUUUAUAAUGGACUGGACGGGUAGGCGGUGGUUGUCAACAAUUUCUUCUAUCAUUAGCUCUAUUUUUUGUGUUCUCACUGUAUUUAUUGGAGGUGGUCUGCCCUCUGUGAUGUGCGCUGUCGUGGCAAGAUUUAUGAUAAAUAUAGCGUACGGUGUUGCGAUGCAAUGGGCUGCUGAAGUCCUACCCACUCCUGUAAGAGGAUCUGGUAUGUCAGUUAUUCACAUCUGUGGUUUCAUGGGCACGAUGAUGUCACCUAUAAUAAUUUACUUAGAAACGAUCGUCUAUUGGCUGCCUUUGGUGGUUGUGGCCUGUGUAGCUUUAGUUGGUGCGUUGAUCGCAUUUUUGCUUCCAGAAACUGCUAAGAAAGAUAUGCCUCAGUCAUUUGAUUUAGCUGAAGAAAUGUUCAGUAAACAAAGUUACUGGGAAUUUCCACCUUCAACAAAGAAAAUAACAGAAAUCGGAGCACAUAUAAACGAGUCUUUUACAAUGUAACAUCAUUACAAGUGCAUGCAAGUGUGUGCGUUUUGUGUGAAAUUUCACAGUUUCAAACAAAAAAAAUGUACUUAAAUAGAGAUCUUUUACCAGAUUUCUUAUUUUUGUAAAAUUGUUCUUUCACAAAAGCGAAAAUUAAGUACCUACGUUUUGUAAAACUUUUAUACCUAUUCGCAGUAACAGUACCGCCUAAGGCAAAUGUUAAUUGAAAUAUAACUUUAUUCCGAUGUAUGAUAUUUUUCAUUUUUACCU